AUGUUUGAUGCCUUGUCUUCUGACUUUCUUAAUUUUGAGUCUUUCAAUCUUGCGAGUAUUCCGCAGACUAUCCUUGCAUUGACUAACUUGCAAGUAAUUUAUCUUGGAAAGAAUUUGUUGAAGGACAUCCCUCCAGCUCUGGGACGUUUGAAGCGUUUAAAUACAUUGUGUCUGGACUACAAUCAAAUUCAGAAUGUCCCUGAUGAGAUCCGAACAUUGUCUGAAAUUCAAGUGUUUGACCUCAGCCACAACUGCCUCUCUACAUUUCCAACUGUCGUGCUUAAUAUGCAAAAGAUGAAAGAGUUACGUCUGAACAGCAAC